AUGCAAGGUCUGUUUCGCCCAACAUUUGUCGAUUGCUUCCAUCGAGCCACUCACGCUCCUCGCCGUUUGCGUGACCCCGUGCAGACAUUUGCAGAUGAGAGGAGUCUCAUAGUCUCCGAAGCUGCGGCGAUUCGCGCCUCUUUCCGCGCAGAAGACUCGUACACGCGGCAUAAUAACAUUGCAAAGCUGCUUUACAUCCAAAUGCUCGGAUACCCCGCCCAGUGGGGUCAGAUCGAGUGUCUCAAGCUUGUUGCUAGCCCAAGGUUUGCGGAUAAACGACUGGGAUAUCUCGGCAUCAUGCUGCUUUUGGACGAAAGUCAGGAAGUCUUGACACUAGUCACAAACUCGUUGAAGAAUGAUAUGAACCACUCCAACAUGUACGCUGUCGGGCUUGCCCUCUGCACAUUUGCAAAUAUCGCAUCGGAAGAAAUGGCACGGGAUCUGUGCAACGAAGUUGAAAAGCUCCUGGGUUCAAGCAACACCUACAUUCGAAAGAAGGCUGCUCUGUGCGCGCUCCGCGUUGUUCGAAAAGUGCCAGAAUUACAUGAUCACUUCAUUGAAAAGACCAAAGCACUGCUCAAUGAUCGAAACCACGGCGUUCUUCUUUCCGGAAUCACUCUGGCAAUCGAAAUGUGUCAACAGGCAGAGGAGUGUCUGCAAGAAUUCCGUCCAAUGCUUCCACUUCUUGUGCGACAUCUCAAGAGCCUGGUUUCCACGGGAUACAGUCCAGAGCAUGACGUUUCCGGGAUUACGGAUCCAUUCCUCCAAGUCAAGAUUAUACGAAUGCUCAGGCUACUGGGCAGAAACGAUGCCCAGGCAUCGGAGCAGAUGAACGAUAUCCUCGCUCAAGUCGCCACCAACACAGAUUCGAGCAAAAAUGUGGGCAACUCGAUUCUAUAUGAGGCAGUCCUGGCCGUCUUGGACAUUGAAGCAGACUCGGGGCUACGUGUAAUGGCAAUUAACAUCCUCGGCAAGUUCCUGAGCAAUAGAGACAACAACAUACGGUACGUCGCACUACACACUUUGAACAAGGUUGUCUCGAUGGACACCAAUGCUGUUCAACGGCAUCGCAAUAUCGUCUUGGAUUGUCUGAGGGAUGGUGACAUCUCAAUCCGUCGCCGAGCUCUGGAGCUAUCGUACGCCCUUAUCAACGAAAGUAACGUUCAAGUCAUGAUAAGAGAGCUGCUUGCUUUCUUGGAAGUGGCGGAUAACGAGUUCAAGCUCGGCAUGACCACACAAAUAUGUCUGGCCGCUGAAAGACUCGCACCAAACAAGCGAUGGCAUAUAGAUACUGUUUUGAGGGUUCUCAAGCUGGCUGGCGACUAUGUGCGUGAAGAAAUAUUAUCCGCCUUCAUACGCUUGGUCUGUCAUACACCCGAGCUGCAAUCGUACACCGUGUCAAAGUUAUACCUUGCACUCAAAGCAGACGUAUCCCAAGAGUCGCUCACACUGGGUGCAGUCUGGCUUAUUGGUGAAUUUAGCACCGUCCUGAUGGAGCAAGGUGUGCAUGAUGGUGAUCAAGUCAAGCCUGUGACUGACGUUGAGAUUAUCGACUUGCUGGAGACUGUACUCCAUACUCCCUACGCCAAUGCCGUCUCUCGGCAGUUUGUCUUGACGGCCAUCACCAAGAUUUCUAGUCGACCAAGGACAACAGAACCAACCCGCCAGAGGAUAGCAUCGAUAUUAGAGAGCUACGAGACCAGCACCGACCUCGAGAUCCAACAACGAGCG